UGAGAAUCACGGAGCCUCGAAGGGCACUUGGAUAGGGUGGGGUUUUGAGGGUUCGUUCUCCUUCCUCCCCUUCCUCCGUCUGUUCGUGAUAAGGUCUCCGUGAGAUAAGCGAGGAUUUAGCGAAAUACUUGGUUCUCUCAUAGGUCUCGACUUCCCUGGAUCUUCGGAGGGCCAAGGUCGAAAGCACGGCUUUCUUAGGAAAAAUGGAAAGGGGCACUGCCACUGGUCAGAAGCUCAGUAUUGUUGAGUUCUUCGAGGAGAAAGGAUUCGAUGACGAGAAAAUAAACAGAAUGCUGAGGAAAUGCAAUCGGCUGGAGAGCAUAGAAAGGGAGAGAGCCAGUGAGAACUGGGAUUACCUGGAAAGCAUUGGUAUUCAAAAGAGGAAGCUUCCUUAUGUUAUCUUCAAGUGCCCCAAGAUCCUAGCUUUGAGCAUGAAUCAGAAGCUUGUUCCUACUGUCCAGUGUCUUGCAACCUUGGGAUCAAAGCCUGGUGGAGUGGCCUCAGCCAUCACCAAAUUUCCUGACAUUCUCUCUCACAGCAUUGAGUUGAAGCUAUGCCCUCUGUUAGCUUUCUUCCAAGCACUAGGAAUUUCAGAGAAGCAACUGGGUAAGAUGCUCUUGCUUAAUCCAAGGCUCAUUAGCUACAGCGAAAUGAAAUUGACUCAGAUUACUGAUUUCCUUGUAAGCAUUGGCUUCAAUGAGGAGGGGUUGAUUGGUAAAACUUUAGUGAAAAAUCCAUUUUUAAUGGGUUAUAGCAUUGAGAAACGGCUUUUGCCAACAACAGAAUUUCUCAAGUCGAUAGGCCUAGAUGAACUAAGUUUGCAAAGGGUUGUUUGCUAUUUUCCUGAAGUAUUUUGUAGGGAUGUAAAUAGGGUUCUCAAACCAAAUUUAGCAUUCUUAAAGGGGUGCGGCUUUGACAAUAAGCAAAUUGCAAAUUUAGUUGCUGGAUAUCCACCUAUUCUGAUCAAGAGUGUCAGCAAAUCCCUGGAACCCAAAGUGAGAUUCUUGGUUGAAGUAAUGGGAAGAGAAAUCAGUGAGAUAGCUGAUUACCCUGAGUUCUUUCGGCAUGGGAUGAAGAAGAGUUUGGAAUUUCGGCAAAAUAUUCUGAAGCAAAAAAACGUACAUUGCAGUUUAAGUGAAAUGCUUAGCUGCAACCAGAGGAAAUUCAUUGCCAAGUAUGGAUUAACUGUUGGAUUCUCUUGAUUUUGUUUCUUGAUUCUCUUCCCUUAGUUUGGUCUCAAUUACACUAGCUAGAGAACCAAGUGUUUGAUCAUUGGUAACGAGGCUGUAAGAACUUGCUUCAUGGUAAGAGAUAUUGUUGUUCUUUUGUGCUUGGUUAGCACUGUUGAGCAUGA